CGUGAUGCUGGAGUGUAGCGCAUGCGUAUCACGCGUGCUACGGUCCAUUGCAGGCGAUGGACGACAUGCCGCCUCGAUAUCGACUCGGCCCUUGAUACUAACGCCUCACCUGGCCCAGCGACCGCAUCGGAGACGACUUGCCACGGCCGUCGAAGUCGAAACGCCGUCCAAAGAUGCGCUCUCAGGACUUGUGCCCGUCGACAAGCCCACGGUCGAGCAGUUCGCGCAGAAAAGAGGAGGGCCGAUCGUGAUUGCGAACGAAAAGGCGUUGCGAAAAGAGUUGGAAUACCUCAAGGACCCCCUCAAACUUGCCGAUCACGUCGAUUAUGUCCUGCGCUGUGAGCAGCCUGACAAGGCAUUGGAUCUCUGUCGACUGGCGAGCAAGAACAUGAACUGCAUAGUGUCGUGGAACCAUGUGGUCGCCUGGAAUGCGCACAAUGGACGGCCCGCGAAGGCCAUCGCCAUCUUCAACGAAAUGAAGAAGAGGGGCCAAUUUCCCGACAGCUAUACCUACAUGCGCCUCUUAACAGCAUUGUCCGAGAGCAAGGAAGAAGUUGGAAAAAUCGUGUCCAUAUAUCACGGCAUGUGCAGCCCUUCAAGCAAAGUGAAGCCAAACACUUCGCAUACCAGCGCUGCCCUGAGGGCGUGCUCUCUUGCUGGUGACAUGGACGCAUUAUGGGGAAUUGUAAGCAGACUACCUGAGAAGGGACCAAACGCCCCAGACGCCAAGGUUUACACCACAAUCUUGCAAGCCAUAAAGCAUAACGCGCUGGGAGCCGAAGCAGAUGUGAGCCUGCUGGAGGCACAGAGACAAGAUGCGGUGAACGAAGGGCGAAGGAUAUGGCAAGAAGUCAUCUCCAAAUGGCGCGAAGGCGCGUUGAUGCUUGACGAGAGCUUGGUCGUGGCAAUGGCAGACUUGCUUCUAUUGAGCAACCGGAUGCAAGACAGGGACAACGUGCUGGAUCUGAUACACCAAACUACAGGGCUGGAACGUCAGAUUGCACCCAUCGGCUCAGAGGAACGACGUACAGGGCACGUACCAGUAGAAAAACCUGUCCACGAAGAAGCCCGACUUGCGCCAGCAGAAGGUCUCCACGAUUUCACGCCAGUGCCAUCUUUUCAUGCUUUCAACCCCGUGACGCCCGCCAUGCGAAGCGACAAGUCCAAACGUCCGCAAGCACUGGUGUGGGUUCGCCCAGGAAACGGCAUUCUCGCCAUGCUCAUUCGAGUCUGCGAUGUUAUGCGGACGCCGAAGGCCCUCAAUAGCUACUGGGAUAUCCUCACAUCUGCUCCUCACCGCGUCAUACCCGACCCGGCCAAUUUUCACCACAUGCUGAACGUCUUACGAACCAACCGAAGCUCCGUACGCGCCGCACACGUCCUGCAGCGCAUGCACGACGAAGUCGGCGUCAAGGCCCUCCCCAUGACUUAUAUCCUGGCCAUGAGAAUUUGCGCACGAGACCGCAAUAAUCCCAACAUCAUCGACAUCGCCACGGAUAUCAUCAAUGACAUGGAGAAACAACUCCACCCGCUCGACAUGCAGACAUUGCAAAUGUACAUCUCUCUCGCACAAAAAACGAACAAUGGCCCAAAUAUCAUCGAAGCCUUGAACCGUGUUCUGGAGAUGGAGGAGAAGAUCUUCAAAAGUGAUCCACAAACGAAAUCUGUAGCUUCGGAACACAAUGCAGUCGCAACGGACGUCUACUCUGCGAUGCGAUCCGCGAUCGAUCAAUUGCUGGUUCGAAAGUUGAUCCCGAAGGGUGCGGAGGAGCAUUGGCAGGAAGUGAGAAAGAAGGUGGAUUAUUCGAGGGGUGAAUUGCAGUUCGGGAGUAACUUCAGAGUUGGUCGGAAGCAUGCUUCGGAGAAUCGGCUUGGUACAACAGAUGCUCGUGCGGGGAGAAUGAAAGCGGAAAGGGGAGAUGGCCAGGUGCUGUUGCCUCCGAGGGAGGGGAGGCGCAACUUUCAGAAGUCGGUCCCAUCACACGGGCGGAGCCAGAGAGUUCUGAGGUUCGGUGGGCAGGUGCGAACAUGGCCGCCCAAGAGGAGAGUGGAGAAUGGCCUUGGGAAGACAGAUGGGUUUGCGGAUACACCUGGGGAUUUGGUGGGUUGAUAGUUGUAUCAUGUAUAGAUUACAGGGCAAACUCUACUGGAUUUGUCCCAGCCACCUAGCAGCGCGUUGUAUGUGCCUUCAGUGUGACAACAAGCAUUUUGAUGGCGGCGACGACAUCCGAGCCGCAGUACCUCAAAACCUGCCAGGACAUCCGUCUCCAUCAAUUCUCCCGUCUCACAGC